CUUGGUGUUUGCUUUUUUUCUUUGUCCUACAGCCACUGUUUGCAUUGCGAACUCGCGCGCUUUCUCUCUAUCUCUUUCGCGUCCUUUCCCAAUUCCCUAACACAUUUUUUGCGGGAACUGCCGAAUUGAUGUAAAUGAAGGCACGAAGUCGAGUACUUGUAUCGAAGGAUAACCAAACAAAAGUCACGACUAGCUAACACGGAUGUUCGAGUGCGAGCACUGGGAACUCUCUUCUUGAAUAGUACCAAUUAAUUCCGCUCACUAACAAUACACUGGAUUCUGUUCGAUUCAUUCAAAGUUACAGAUUUAAUUAACAUUUUGAACGUAAGAGAUUCUGCCACUCGACCGCCUUUAGAAACGAACCCUUCCGUUACUGUAUUUCUUUUGAGAUGCUCUGUGUUUCUUUCAAUUAAUCUUAAAUAUAACGGUACCCCAUGAAGGGGUCUUUGUGACUUCUAAGAAGAAAUUUUAGAAAUACUACUUUAUUUGUGUGUAAUCUGUAUGGUUAAAAUUUCAUUAACAUAAAAAAUAUAUGAAUUUUCAUGGUGGUUAUGGCCGUUAUGCCUUGAAUAUAAUUUCUAAAUUUCAUAAAGAUCCAUUCAGUACUUUUUACGUAGUUUUGGAUAAAAAAAACAAAUGACUAAUGUGUGCGUUUUUGUGUAUGUGUGUGUGUGUGAGUGUAUAUAUGCAUAGAUAUCUGUAUGCAUGUAUAUAUGUGUACAUAUUACAUGUACAUCUAUAUAUACAUCUACACAUAUGUAUACAUAUACAUGUAUGCAUAUAGAUCUAUAUCUCUAUAUAUAUCUAUACAUAUACGUGUACAUAUACGUCUAUAUGUAUACAUAUACAUCUCUCUCUCUGAAACCAUUAAAGUGAAAGUAUCUGUCAUUAUAUUAUCGAAAUUUGAUUGUUUCAGUUAGUGGAAUAGUUUAAUUUUUAAAGUGAAAGUAUUUGACAUGAGUGCUUGUGUUUCACUUUUGACACGUAAUACUUAAAUAGUGGAGGAGAUAUUAUGGAGUGCUUUUGUUUCACUUUUGACACGUAAUACUUAAAUAGUGGAGGAGAUAUUAUGUUGCUGUGGGCUCGAACUAUGCAAGAAGUUAAACAUUUUUUUUGACUAAAACACAACCCGGACCCUAAGUAAGGAAAAUAAGCUUACAUAGGUGUGAAGGAACUAAACUUAGGACAUAAGCACAACAAUGAACAAAGGUUGCACGUUCGUAUUUCUCUCUUACUUUUGAUUGCAGCCCAUUUAAUUGUCCUACCAUCGUAGCAACACCAUCUUCGGUAAGUGCAAUUAAUUUGUUUCCACACUUCCACAUUUCAAUGCGUUUAAAGACAUGUUCAGAUAAAGCAUUUGCUGAAUGAUCUGCACUAAUGUCAGUAACUGGUACUUAAUUUAUCAACCCCAAAAAGAUGAAAGGCAAAGUCGACCUCGGCGGAAUUUGAACUCAGAAUGUAACGGCAGACGAAAUACCGCUAAGCAUUUCACCUGGCGUGCUAACGAUUGUGCCAACUCACCGCCUUUGCACAUCUCUUCUUGUCGUUAGAUCCCCUGUCCUUGUUUGUUUACCACAGACCUUAUUGUAGCAUCUACACCACAUUGGGUUCCUACCAAGCGAGCCCACCCAGCAACAUUGUGACACCCUUGUGCCCCAGUGCACGUACUUUAGUCCGGACCCUGCAAUCUUCGUGUUUGGCUUUGAGGUAUCGGUCUGGCAUGCUAACAAUUAUCCUCCAAGUAAAUAUUAAUGGUUCCUUAUAUCAGUCAUGCUCUGGCAGUCAGCUCUUAUUUUGUAAGUUUUUUUUUACAGAUCAUGGACAUGCUACAGUUUUUCUGUGUGUUUACAUUGCGUUUUUAUUUGACGAAUGCACAAAUUUAUAAAAUUUUCCGAACUGAAAAUGUUGUCCUCAAUGGAAAUAUUACUCUCCACUUUGAGGUACCAAAUAUGGAGAGACCUGUCACGUGGAGGUGUGGGACUCGGAAGUACAAGUGUGAUGACACAUGCUAUAACGGUUAUGAAUUUAAAGUGACACAGAGUGCAAAUUCUUCUUCUCUCUGGAUCCGAAACGUAACUAAGGAACUUCUGUCUUGUACAUGUUAUGACAAUAACCAAAACUCUGGAAAAUUUGAUUUGGAGCGAAACAGUCUGACAAAAGCGGAAAUUUAUGAAAUUAUCCAAAAUGAUAAUGGUACACUUGACGUAACUGCAACUUUACAGAUUGAAAUACCAAACAUGAAAAGACCAACCAUUUGGAAAUACAACAAUUAUAAAUAUGAAUGUGACCGGACAUGCGCCAACAGCCCUGAAUACAGAGUGACACAAAGUGGGAAUGUUUCCACUUUUAGGAUCCAAAGCGUAACUAAGGAACGUUUAUCUUGGAAAUUUGAGGACUACAACCUCAACUAUGGAAAAUUUGAUUUGAAGAUACACAGUUUGACAAGAACAGAAAUUUAUAAUAUUACUCAAAGCGGACCAGUUGCAUUAGGAGGCAAUGUUUCUCUUUAUAUAGACGUAUACGAUAUGAAAAGAAUUGUUGUCUGGAAAAAUUACUAUGGAAGAUAUGAAUGUGAUACGGCUUGCUAUAAUCAUGGUAAUUAUGAAGUUACACAGAAUGGUAAUUCAUCGAAUCUUUUGAUCCGAAAUGUCACCAAAAAAGAUUUGACUUGGCGUUUUUGUGACUUCUAUCUCUGCUCUGAAAAUUAUACUUUAGAGACAAAAGGUAAGGAAAUUACUUUUGCUAAUAAUAACAAUAAUAAUUCUUUCCAAUUUUGGCACAAGGUCAGCAAUUUCAUUUGGAAGAGGUUCCUCGAUUACAUUAAUUUGGGUAUAUUUAGCUAGUGCGGAGGCGCAAUG